AUGAGCUGUCAACUUCGCUCCCUGGAAUUUUCCCUGGCCGAUCCCCCUUCUCGGUCAUUGCUGUAUUGUCUAUGGAGCACAUCCAGCGACUCUGGUACGAUUAUUGUUGGCUUGAGUGUUCUCAGUGCCGGUACCAAGAGCUACGUGGAGCUAUAUCAACAAGUCAUACUCACUGGAGAGGCCUUUACAAGGUUGAGAGGCAUUCAGAUACACGACUUGGAAGCCAGCUUUUGCCGUGUCACCUUCUCGUCUGUCCGAAGACUCCAUGGAUGGUCCGCAUGGCUCAUCAACUUGACUGGAGAAAACUUCCGAAGAAGCAGGGAGCCGGUUGUUUGUACGAAUGCCCGGGCAACUAAGGUGCCUAGACGACAAAACAAAACCAGACCACCUUACUACCUUCCCCGAACGGUCUGGUCGAUUUUGUGCAUCACGAUUGUCACUACCAUCGUCUUUGGAGGCUGCAGCGCCCCCAAGUGUGCCCUGCCCUCUCAGCCAGACGACGCGGCCGGCAACGAAAGAUGA